GCGUGCUAUGUAUGUAUGCUACGCCUGGGAAAUUUGUCCGCGGACAGCUAGCUAUCAAUCCACGUACCGUAAAUGAGCUUCCCCAGACCGAAGAGAAACAUGGUGUCCUUUUAGCGGCCGGCGGUGGGUUAUCUGCGCAUGGAUGGGGAGUUGUCUGGAGUAAGGCGACCGCUCUCGCGUCUGAUGCGAGGGUGUAGCGGCGUGUGGGAGGGCGUGGUUGAGUGAAGAAGUGAGGAAUGCGGUGUGAACGGGGAAAAGUUGACAACAGGAAAUUGAACAUGUGGUGACGACACUCCUUUUGUUUUCUGCCGCCAACAACAAACCUCAGCUCCUCGUUGGGAUAGAGAUAACCACCACAGGAACAGACAAUGGCGAGACUGACAGACUGGUUUCUGCUCUCACUCUUUCCGGCGCUCGUCCUCCUCCACCUCUACGUUUCCCCCUAUACAAAGGUCGAGGAAUCCUUCAAUAUCCAAGCGAUCCACGACAUCCUAACUUACGGGAUUCCGUCCAAGAAUGUGGCCAACAGGCUCCGCGCACAAUACGAUCAUUUCUCCUUCCCCGGCGCCGUCCCGCGCACCUUUGUCGGGGCGUUGGCUGUCGCGGGCACAGCAAAGCCAAUUCUAUGGGUCAAUUCGCAGCUUGAUAGACAAUUAGUAGUGCGCGGCGUGGUGGGAUGCUUUAAUGCGCUUGUACUUAUCUCUUACGCCAGGGGAGUUCGGCGGGCAUUCGGCAAGAAUGUUGCGGUCUGGUAUAUUUUAUUCCAAGCCAGUCAGUUCCAUGUCAUGUAUUAUGCCUCUCGAACCCUUCCGAACAUGUUUGCUUUCGGUAUCACCACGUUUGCAUUCCGAUAUCUCCUCCCCGAGCCCGCCUCAACAGUACAAGACGUCCAAUCCCGCAAGAGGUGCCGUCUCUCCCUCUACCUCCUCACCAUCACAGGCAUCAUUUUCCGCUCAGAAAUCGCCCUCCUCCUCGCAACCACAACAAUCCACCUCUGGGCCAAAAAUCGCAUAUCAUUCCGCAGCGAGAUUCUCCCCGCCGCCAUAUCCGGCCUAACAAUCGGCCUCCUCACCACAAUCACCACCGACUCUAUCUUCUGGCAAAAGUUCCCCCUCUGGCCUGAACUCGCCGCCUUCAAAUACAACGUCGUCUCCGGCCACGCUUCCGCCUGGGGCACCUCCCCCUGGCACUUCUACCUCACAAACGCCCUCCCCCGUCUCUUCCUCAACCCCAUAACCUACGCUCUCUGCAUCCCGCUCUCCAUCCUCCAGCCUGCCACCCGCCGUACAGCAACCUCCCUACUCUUGCCCGCCAUAUCCUACAUAUUCCUCUACAGCCUCCAACCGCACAAAGAAUGGCGCUUCAUCCUCUAUACAAUCCCGCCCAUAACUACCGCCGCCGCCCUCGGCGCCUCCUACAUCUGGACCCACCGCACAAAAACCCACAUCCUCUACCCCCUUCUCGCAACCCUCCUCUGCCUAUCCACCCUAACCACAUUCGUUCUCUCCACCUUCCUCCUCCUCCCCAUCUCCGCCGCAAAUUACCCGGGCGCAUACGCCCUGAAGGCUCUACAUAAUAACCACCCUUAUAACAAUAUUAAGAAUAAUUCCACCCGCCUCGCAGACCAACAAACCAUCUCCGUCCACCUAGAUAACCUCGCCUGUCAAACAGGCGUAACCCGCUUCCUACAGAAACCCCCGCCGAAAUCACCGCUCAUCAUCCUCCCCGGGUCCCCUGAUGGGAGGUAUCCGGAGCUCCGGAGCGGGGAGCAGAGGUGGGUGUAUGAUAAGACAAGUGCGGGCAGUGUUAUAGAAAUGGAGAAGGCGAGGGUGGAGAGGUUUUGGGCAAGUUUUGAUUAUUUGCUUGUCGAGGUUGGGGAUGGUGAUGGUGAUGGUGAGAGUGAUCGUGAUAGACCUGGUCGAUGGGAGGUUGUUGAUGAGAUUACUGGGUUUGGAGGGGUGAGGAUUUUGAGGCCUGGUGAAGGGGAGGUUAGUGGAGGGUUUGAGGAGGAGAUUUUAGGGAAGGUGUUUGGUGGGAAGGCUGUAGAUGGUUGGAGGUGGGUUAAGGGGUUCGGGAGGAAGUAUGUUACAAGGGGCUGGUGGGUGGAGGUGCGCAUCGUGCCGAAGAUUAGGGUUUUGAGGCGUGUUUUGUGAUUCGAUAUUUUGUUUUCUUUUAGUUUUAGGAUUUUCGGGAUUAGAUUUGUUUCUCUGGUUUAUAUACCUGGGGUAUUCAUGCUAUUCUAUGCUGGGACUAACUUGGUUGUUUGUUCUUUUCAUUUGGGGGGGGUGAUUUAAUAAUGACCCUCUAAUGGGAGGAAGUUAAGCUCUUCGCUCUGGGGGAUUGUCUAGGGUAUAUUGAGCAAAGAAAAGAAACAAAAAGGGAUAAUAAACAUAUAGAGUGUGACGAAAACGAGUAACGCAAGGUCGCCUUUAUGAGAUGAAUCUCAUGCAUUAUUUUGAAAUAUCACGAGGUAGAUGAGAUAGAUGCCUAGCAACAUCAAUAAAAAAAGAACAACGAAGAAUCCAACCCAAAAU